AUGGCGGAGGUGGGCGGCUUCCUGGGCGCGCUGGACCCCGACCUGCACGGCUUCCCCCCCGCGCUGGGCGGAGGGCUGCCCCUCGCCGACUCCCCCGGCUUCCUCAACGAGCGCCUGGGGCAGAUCGAGGGGCGGCUGCAGCGGGGCUCCCCCACCGACUUCGCUCACCUCAAAGGCAUCCUGCGGCGGCGGCAGCUCUACUGCCGCACCGGCUUCCACCUAGAGAUCUUCCCCAACGGCACGGUGCAGGGCACCCGGCAGGACCACAGCCGCUUCGGGAUUUUGGAGUUUAUUAGCCUGGCAGUGGGGCUGGUGAGCAUCCGUGGGGUGGACUCAGGACUCUACCUCGGCAUGAAUGAGAGGGGCGAGCUGUAUGGGUCGAAGAAGCUCACACGGGAGUGCGUUUUCCGAGAGCAGUUUGAAGAGAACUGGUACAACACGUACGCCUCGACCCUCUACAAGCAUCCCGACUCGGAGAGGCAUUACUACGUGGCUCUGAACAAGGACGGCUCCCCCCGAGAGGGGUACAGGACUAAGAGACAUCAGAAAUUCACUCAUUUUUUACCCCGGCCUGUGGACCCUGCCAAAAUACCUGCGAUGUACAGAGACCUCUUCCACUACAGGUGA